UGCUACAACCCUGGCAGAGGCGAUAUCUGCUGCUCCACUGGAGAGUUCUGCUCCAAGGGUGAAUACUGCGCUACCACGAACACCGGCAGCGCGAUUUGCUGCCAAAAUGGACAAUCUCUUGAAGAAUGCGGCGCUACAGCAACCGUUAGCACAAUUGCACCG